CCCUCAGCAGCAUCACGAUCGAAACAACCACCGGGGAGAACGAACGAACGAAAGAGCGAGCGAAGCGGUCCCUUUAAGAAAGAGCGUUUCUUAACAAAAAUAAAGCUGUCGACUGAGAAAAAGUUGUUUUUUUUAAGGUCUGGAAUUGUGGACGUUUGAAGGUACUCCGUUUUGCAGCACACCCACGAAAUCUUCCCGGGGAUAACUGAAUUUUGGUUCUAAUGAAACGGGAGAAACAUGGUGGACGUUCAGAGGGGGCACUGAAAGAGGCUUUUUAAAUAUUUAAGAAGCUGUUUUUCGCCGUGAACUGUAGCCGUUUGAAGCUGAGAGGUGCCCUCAAUUAUUUGGUAUUAAAGUCGGAUUUUGAAAAGGGGAGCGGUGGAGAGCUGAAGAAACCGGAGCAGCCAUCCAGCAACAUGGGGAAAACGGGGCAAGUUGAUUGAAAGAAAGUCGGCAACAUCAACAGAAAAAGGGUGCCUAGAACUUGUUGUUGUGUUGUUCUGCUGCUGCUGCAGCUAUCAAUAGCGCAUUCUGGAAUGCGUAUUGCUGUGAAGAACUGCUUUUUAAAAUAUGAAACAUUAACACUUUUUAAUUGUCCAGCUCGGUAAUUUCUGUGCGUGAACUUGUGUUUUUAAUUUUUAUUUCCAAGCUGCUUUUGUGCAGUGAGAAUGAAGAAAAGCAUUCUUUACAUCACCAGUGUUAAAUUUCAGUGAGUCGCUGAAUUUAUAUAUAGGUCAGCACUUGAAGUACCCCCGGUUAAAUGUGUUCACUAAUGUUGUAUGAAAACGUUAUUUGAGUAAACGAGGGAAAAAAAGUUUUAUAAUUUUUUUUCUAACUUAUCAACCAUGUACCUCGAAGAAAUGGGACGUGCCUCAAGAUGACUGAAUCAAUUACCAGUUAAAUGUGGAGUAUUGCCCCACACUUUACAACUAUAUACCAGGAAUGGCUUUGAGAUAAAGUGGAUUACAUGGUGACUUGCUGGAGAUGCCAAGGAAGGAGCUGCCGUUGCCAGAGGGUUGGGAAGAGGCCCAAGAUUUCGACGGAAAAGUUUAUUAUAUUGAUCACAAAACUAAAACCACAAGUUGGAUCGACCCAAGAGACAGACACACUAAACCUCUGACGUUUGCUGACUGCAUUGGAGAUGAACUUCCAGUUGGUUGGGAAGAGGCAUAUGAUCCACAGGUCGGAGCAUAUUACAUAGACCAUAACACAAAAACUACACAAAUAGAAGAUCCCCGAAUACAAUGGCAGCGGGAACAAGAGCGCAUGUUGAAGGAGUACUUGGGUGUUGCAGCUGAUGCUCUAAAAGCACAGAAAGAGAUCUAUCAAGUCAAAGAGCAACGACUAAAGAUUGCACAGCAAGAAUUCACAAAUCUAAAUGAUGUUUGGAAAGACAAGUCUACUUCUCAAACAAGCUUAAAUUCUGGCUCAUCCUCCAGUAGCAAAUAUGACUCCGAUAUUCUUAAGGCUGAAAUUGUAACAGCAAAAAGUAGAGUAGAUAAGCUUAAGAAAGAACUUGCUUACAUGAGACAAGAGCUCCAGUAUAAAGAACAAGGCUAUGAAACAUUAAAAGAAGUUGACCAGAAGAUGUCCAUUACUCAGUGUGGCUUUAAAUUGGAUGAAGCACAAGCUAUUGUUAGUGAAGUAAGAAGAAUCAAAAAGGCCAUUAAUUCUGGAGAAAAGGAAAAGUAUGAACUCAUGCAGACCUUGGCUAGGCUAAAGGAUGAAUUCAGAGUUGAUUCAAGGUAUCAACUGGAUCUUUGGCCAAGCAGUUCUUCGCUCAGUGAUUCAAAUAGAUCUUUACCCCGACUUUUUUCAGAUGCUGGAUCUCAAACUAGUUUGCCAGAUUUUUCAACAAGCAAUAACAACAAAUUAGCUGAGAAGGUCAGGUUAAGCCUGAAGUACGAAGAAGCAAAGAAAAGGAUAGAAAAUAUUGAAGUUCAAAUAGCAAAACUGGAUAGUGAGGCUUGGCCUGGCUUACUUGAUCCAGAAAGGGAUCGCUUAAUCCUAAUAAAUGAGAAGGAAGAGCUUUUAAAAGAACUGCAGUAUAUGAGACCUCGCAAGAAAGCUGCAUGUGAUGUUGAAAGACUAGACCUGGAGAGAAAGCGUUUGGAGAAGGACCUUCAGGCAGCCCGGGAUAAUCAAAGUAAAGCACUGGCAGAAAGGUUAAAGUUACAUAGCAGAAGAAGUAAAUUGGUUCGAGAACUUGAAGAGACUGCUCGUGUAGCUUCAUCGAUUCAUGCCCAACUAAAAAGCCUUUCUGCCAGUACACUUUCAUGUUCCUCAGGCAGCAGUAAGAGUUCAUUGGCAUCCAGCAGGGGUUCACUUGCCAACUCUAGCCAAGGCUCCUCUUCUUCACUAAGCUUUACUGAUGUCUUCUUUGAUCAGCCAGAGUCGAGUGAUCCUGACUACCAGUAUAAACUAGACUACAUGCUUCAGGAGGUAGCUACAAGUUUUCGACCAUCAAGUUCUAUAACUACAAUUCACGAAAAUGAAAUCAUAAACACUAAAAUGAACUCGGAUACUCCAAUUCAGAUACUGAAAAUAGCUGAGACACCUGGUUCUGUGACUUCACUUUCGCCUCGAUCUUCCAUAUCUUCCUUAUCGCCUCCUUGCUCUCCACUUGUCUCAGACUCUCAUUUUUUGGCAGGAGAUGCUUUCUUGAAUCAUGAUAACAUUAGCAUGGACCUUGAGUUGUCAGGACGACUUGUAGAUCUUCAUGUCAACACUGGUAUGGAAAAUAAACAGCUUUUUGACAGCACGGUGCCUCUCUCUCACAUUCACUGUAUAACUCAGGAAACGGAUGUUAAACAAGACUUAGGAAGCACCGGUCCAGACCCUGCUAAAGAAGGCAGUUUACAAAUGAAACCCACAGGACCUUCACCUCACAAAGUGGGUGUUUUUUCUGCUAUAUCUGAUGAGUCUGUUGCUGGGGACAGCGGUGUCUAUGAACCUUCUGUGGAUCGUCCCUUUAAAGUAGCAGAUACAGUUGUUAAUGAGGAACGUGGAUCGCUUGAUACUGCGCAGAUUCAACUGGGAAUGAAGUAUGAUGUUAAAGAUAAAAGAUUUGCCUUGUAUGUAGUUCAACUUAGCAAUACGGCAUCAUUUGCUGUGCCACCAAAUGAAAAAGUGUACGUUCGUAUUGCUGUGCUCCCUUGCUCUGAAACAACAAGUUGUCUUUUCCGAACAAAGGCAGAAUUCCCCCAAGAAUAUAUCAGAUUCAAUGAAGUGUUCUGGGUGGCUAUAUCACAUGUUGCUUUAUGCCAGAAAACUAUGAGAGCUGAUGUUUGUUGUAUGACUAAAUCUCUUCAAGAGCAAUGUCUGGCAGGGGCUCAGAUUAGUCUUGCUGAAGUGAGCUGCAGUGGUGAAAGGUACACGUCUUGGUACAAUCUACUUAACUACAAAUACAUGAAGGAACUUAACAGAAUGCACAAAAUACAAGAUGAUUCCACAAAGCAUGAAAUGCCAUCUGUGGGCUUGCAAAAUACAGAAAUAGAGCUGGAAGCAGAAGAGAAUGUGCUUGAAAACAAGGAAAGCAUCUUACCUCCAGAAGAAUAUUGGCAGAAGGACAAUAUGGAUUAUGAUAUAUCACUUAAUAAAAAUGGCAGUGAUGAAGAACUCGGUCAAGUACAAGAGUCCUCACAGAGUGCAGAGACAAAACAGUGGAAUGAACAGCUAAUAACAGAAUGGACAUUUGACAAUGAAACAUUACAAAAAGUGGACAAGGAAACCAUCACCGAAAAUAUUCCACAAGGUGCUUCAGUUGUUCGUCCAAAGGAACGCAGAGUUGCUGUUCCCCAGCAGAAUCUUUUUGUAAGAGGAAGCACAAUAAUACGUUCAAAAACAUUUUCACCUGGAGCACAGUCGCAGUAUGUGUGUAGGAUAAAUAGAAGUGAUAGUGACAGUUCAACAUUAUCCAAGAAGUCUCCAUUUGUAAGAAAUGCUUCAGAGAGGCGAAGUGUUCGAGUGAAAAAGCCAAUACUUCCAGCUAAGGGCCUUGAUAGCCUGUUACGUACAUCUCUAGAUUUGGAGUUGGACUUGCAGGUGUCUAGGACAAAACAUAAUCGACUAAACCAGGAAAUUGCAGUUCUAAAGGAUUUAAAAGAACAUCUUGAACAGGCAAAAGCAAAGGGAGAAACAGAGCUUCCUAGCUGGGUUGUGGAAGAUGAGAGAUUCAAGCUCUUGCUCAAACAAGCAGAGAAACAGACAAAAGAAGAACAAAUACAAGAACAAUUGGUUCAUAAGAUGAUGAAGAUGGCAGCUAAAGAUGUGCACAGGAUAUGUGGGCAAAACCGAAAAGAAGUAUAUGAAGUUCUAUCAUUCCGAGAGAAGAUGGCAUUUUUCACACGGGCAAAAAUUAAUGUUCCUGAUUUGCCUGUGGAUGAUGUGUGAGGAUUUUCAAGUAUUUACAUUAGCUGCUGAACUGUAACACAUACAAGCGACUGAUCCUGUAAUAUUAUAUGAAGAAAAAAUAUGUAAACCAGAAAUCAAUGUUCAUUGUUUGAAUGUACAGAUUUAUAGUUUUAUUCUUUUACUGUAUAUAGAUAAUAUUAAAUAUAAUUGGCAGGACAUUUGAGUCUUAUCAUUGAAACAUAUAAAGGUAAAUAUAUAUUUCUUCUAUGACAUUAAAUUUUAAAAAUGUUCCAAUCUCUUGUUUUCUUUGAAUUCCAUAAGGAUUUAAAUGGGCAUUUGUAGAUGCAGUUAAAAUUAGGCAAUUAUUAUUCCCCAGAAGGAAAAUGUAAUAAUAUCAGUUACAAGUGUUGAAUUUUUCUAGCUCUUCUCAGGUCUAGUCAUUUUUUAAAUUAUUUUUCUAAGAAAAAAUGAAUGUGCUGACUUCACUUUUGGUGUGGGUUUUAGGGCGUGGAGAUGCUACAGUUAGAAAAAUAUAUCACCAGCUAUUUGGUAACAUUUUAUGCACAAAAUUACACUACAGAGAUUUGUGAUUAUUUGUCUUAGGAUUUUUUAUGGAGUGCCAUUCAGUUCAGUACAUUUCACAACAGAAUCUUAAAGUGAAUACAGCAUAGGGCAAAUAUAUUUAAAGUAAAAUGUAUAUUUUAUCUAAAUAUACCAAACGGCUAAUAAGUAAUAUACUGUGUGUUUCCUAGGAUAAAAGAGCAUUGUAUGGAGAGUGAUUUUGUUUUUUUUAAGUUCUAAAAAUGUGCCAUUCUAUUUGGAAUUCUGUAACACAGCUUUUCAGUAUGCUAUAUUGUAUGCUAAAAUAUGGGUUUUGCUCUUUUGCGUUCAGCUUACAUAUAAGUGAAGUAAGAAAUUUCCAAACAGAUUCCAGUAAAUGCCUGUCUCCAUGAUACAAUUUUGAAAUGCUUUUUCAUAUUCUUGAUUGGACUAUGAUUUGCAUGGCAAUGCAUAACAAACAAAUCAACCAAAUUAAUUUACGUCAAAAACUUUAUGUGCUAUUCUGAGAAGUGUGUGUGUGUGUAUAGUACAGUAUAAUCUGUACAUAAAACAUCCAACUAAAUGUUCGAUAAUAUACUGCAUACGCAGAUUCUGAAUGCAUAUUGUGAAUAAUCCAUCAUAUGAUGUCAUAUUUUGCUGUGUAACAAAUAUAAGUCUAAUUUGCCAUGUAUUAGUUAUCCACAUCCUGUAGUGUAAUACAGUUUCUACUACAUGACAUUUUAAUUUUUCAUGUGAUACUGGAUAGCUUUUAUUUUUGUUGUCUUGUUAACAUCAGCAUAACUCAGGUACUAUAAAGUAGCAUACAAGCACUUUUUAAUAUUUUUUUUCUAUCUGAAAUUUACUGUUGAGUAUUUUUUUGAAUAUUCAACUUAUAUAUAAGUAAUACUAUCUGGGGCUGGUUCCCGGCAUAGUGACUCCUGAUCUUGAAACAGGCAUUGAAUCUUUCCCUUCAGGGUUCAUGUAACAAAACGCACAUCCAAACUUAAGGUCCGCUAAGAUCACCAGAAGUUUUGCCUGUUUAAAAAAAUUGAUGAUAAUUCGUGUGUUUAAAAUGUUGUUUUAAGUUAGCAAUAUUUGCUUCAGGCUCAAACUAGCUUAUGGUUGCUCAUGUGACUGAAUUAAAAAUAUAAAGCCUCUGUGGCUCUCCACAACAACAGAUUCCCACCAAAUAUAAACAUGUAAACUUUUAUGAUUAAUAUUUAUCGUUUGAUUUUAAACACACUUGUAAAAAUACUGAAAAGUUUUUUUUUAUAUAAAUUUAAACUCCCAGGCUCAUUUAAUAUUAUGUAUUUCAAACUGGGUUUGAAAAUAUCUUUGCUGUACUUACCUGCACAGACUCGCAAAUACAUGUGAUAACAGUAGACUCCAAUGAAAUGUGUAGCAUGAAUUUGUUACUGGAAAUCCUGUAAUGCAGCAGAUGACUUCAGACUUUGCUUAAAAGUGUAAAUACACUCUGUAUCUGUGUUUAUCAGAAUACUUCAUGAUGUUUGCGUGAGCUGUAUGGUUGAAAUAGUCCUAUUCAGUAUGCUUUUAGUAGUUUACUCUGGAUUACACUUUAAUAAUAAAAUAAAAAAUAAAUGUCUAUACCUUCAUUGGAAAGUGAUACUGUGGAAUGGUGGCACUACAUAAAACCUCUGAAAUGUGAAUCAUAGCUUAGCAUUACAAUUGUUGUUGGUCUCCAUUUUAUGUGGUACUUCUCAUGAUAACAGCAACUUUUUCUUUAUCUAAGUAUCUGAGGUGACUGGAUAUUAAAAUAUCAGUUAUUUAAAAUACAGCUUUCUAAAAAUUUUCCAGUCCUUGUUCAAAUUGUGUUGACUUUAACAUUACUGUUAAUUUAUUAGUCAAAAAGGUGUUUAACUAAUUAAGUCAUGAUGUGUAUGUUCUUCAUUUGUUGUUUAGUCCUUAAAAAUACUUUGCACAAUUUUCUUCAAUUCAUUCUAUAAAUGUAUAUAAUUCUUUCUGACCUUAUGAUGAACUGGAUUUAAUUUCAUGACACAUGAAAUAUUUGAGACGGUUUGUUUGAUUUUUCAUGAACUUGACAUUGUUUCCAUUGAGUUCUGUAAUAUGCGUUUGAAAUAAUUAUUUCCAUUAUUUUUUACUAAGGUUGUUAUUGGGAAAGUUUAUACUCCCUGCUAUGGCAGCAUGUUGUUCUGCAUUUGAAUUUGGGUAUUUUUGAGCAAAGUUUUAAAUCUAGAGUCAUGUUUAAGUUAAAGUACAAUAUAUUUGAUCUUAUGUAGUUUAUCAACUAAUUAGCAUUCUACAUGACCUUGAGCAUCAUAUCUGUGUGUCUUGAACCCUCAUUUCAAAUGAAAUCAUCUUUUAUUGUCUUAACCUAACUCGGCUUCAAUGAUGGGCCACCUACUACCUAAGUUCUCACUUUUACACACCACCCAUUACCUUGACGGUUGAGUUGCGUCCUGGUAUCCCUGUUCCGGAUGAGGUUCUCUUGGUGUUUGUGUGAAGCAUCAUAACCUUAAAAUCUGAAUUGCAUUUUAUCUGGUUCCUUCCCUUAAAAAAUUUGCCUAGGAUAAUUACAACAGGAGAGCAAGGCUCCCAACAACAUAACUCUAAAGAAAGUCAGGGCAAGUCACUCUCUUCCCCUAAAUUACCAUCCAAGAAGUAAUAUGUUUUCUAAUUUUAAAUUAAGGAUAUGAGAUUAAAAGGUUUUAGAAAAAGAACAGCAAAAUAACUUUACUAGUGUAACACGACGUAUAUGGUGGUAGUGAGGCUAAGGAUCUAUGCACAUGUCCGGAAGGUUGCCGGUUUGAAUCCCUGUUAAUGCUAAAAGAGAUCCUACUCUGCUGGGCCCUUGAGCAAGGCCCUUAAUCUACAGUUGGUCCAGGGGCGCCGUACAAUAGCUGACCCUGCGCUCUGACCACAGUGAUAUGCAAAAACUAACAAAUUACUAAUACAAGAAAUUGUACAAGGCCGAAGUAAAGAACAACAAAAAAAAGAAUUAAAACCUUUAUUUACAAGAAUUUGGCAGCUCUGUCAACUUAACAUUCAGUAGUUUCCAGCAAGCCCAGCUGUUUAAUUAUGAUGUUCUGUGGUUUGCUUAUUUUAGUGCUAAAAUAAUGCCAUAGUGAAGGCUAUCAGCUAAUGUACAGUAUUUGAAUCUGGUUUUUAUUUUUCUUUCCCUUAAGUUUUGAAUAUCACUACUGAUUAAUGCAUUAAUGGCAGUGGCUAGAGUUAUUUUAAUUUGUAGCUUUAAAUGGCAGUUAUCCUAAAUUUGUUUUGGCUUUAAAAUAGAUAUUAUGUGUUUAGAUUGCAUUAGCAUUUUUGAAAAUCAAUUAAUGACAAAAAUAAUAUACAAAGUCAUAAUUUAUCUGUAAUUGAAUCUGUAUUUAAAUACAUUUGUACAGGUUUUCAGGUUUUUGGAAGAUUAGCCCAUAGAGAGAUUGCAUCUUUGAAGUAAAACAUUGAGCAUAAAAUGAUCGAAAUAGAUGUAUGGUUAAUAACACUUUUAGAUUUUAGUCUGAAUUGUAGAGACGCCCUGUCCAUAAUGCUUUCUAAUUUACAUUUUUCAAAAGUAAACAAUUUUCCUCAUUCUUUGUUUGCCUUGUACUCUCCACUUAUAUUGAGUACUUGCUUAGUGGCGAUAUUUUGCAGAAUGGCGAGUUAUGCUCCUUUGUAACUUAAUCAAUCCAGUUGAAAGUCUUAUAUGCUUUUAAACACAAGUUUACUGUCAUGAGAAUAAUUAUCAAUACAGUACUUCAUUAGUUUUGGAAGAUAUAUGUGCAGUGCCGUAAUAUUUACAGUACAUCAUGAAUGCCUUUGAUGUUGUUGUCAGUUUUUGUGAUUAUUAAGUGCGGAAUAGUUCAGGGUAUAUUCAGUUAGUUCACUUUAAUAGACUGCAGUACUGCAGUUGCUGGUUAGUAUUCUUCAGAUGUGUACAUGGUAAAGCAACCCUUUCUCAUUAGGAUAACUAUACCAAUGCUCCCAUGCACUUACCAAUUUAGAAGAGGUAGAGUGUUCUUAUUUGGGAAAUAUUUUGCCAGUAAAUGCGUGAAAUAAAAGCUGGUGGGAUAGAAAUGGUUGCUAGAUUGAGAAGCUUUUACACAAAGAUUUAUCAGGUUGUCUCUACUUUAUAGUAUUUAAAGCAUCACCUUCAUAUGAGCUUUCUAAUAUUAAAAGUAGAUGACAUUAAGUUGCUGGUACAGGGGCCAUCCAUUCUUCUGCAAAACUUCCACCUAAUGUGAUUUUUAUUUUUAAUAAUAUAGAAAUUGGAAAAUAUGAAGAGUCAUACUCACUGCAUUUUAAAACCUUUCCUAAGUUGCACCUUGUUUUUGCUGUUCAUUUUAUGUAUGGCUUAUCUUGGUAAAUGUAGAACUCCAACAGCAGCAGAAAAUUUCUUUGUUUGUAUUUUGAUUUGUAUUUCCUUUAAAUCUGGUACAGAAUAGGUUUUGUUGUUAAUCUUGUUCUGAUGUAUUUUUGGCACUUGAGUCUUUUUUUUUGGAAAAUGUCAGAGUUCUAAUAAUAUCAUAAACUGCACUGUUAAUUUUACACAACUUUGAAUUUUUAUUUUUACACCACUGUAUUGAAGUUCAUUGUUACAGUCUUAAAAUUAAGAAAUGAUUGUUAUCAUUAAUAGAACCUAUCAGUUUGUAGAAAUAACAUUAGUAUGUUAAGUAAUGUUUAUAUCAUUUAAUUACACUGUAUUAAAAUAUGUAAAUAUUUGGAAUGGGACAAUGUUCAUCUAAAGUUACACUGUUAGAAAUCUUGGCAAUACUGUGAUUAUGUAACACUCAAUGUGCACAGUUAUAGUAUGCAUGCAGUGUCUUAUGAUGAUUUUAGCAGUGUCUAAAGAAAUGUAACGAGAAAGUUCUCAGAGCAUCAUGUAAAUACUUAAUAUCACAUACUACUUUUUACCGGAUGUAACUUAUCAUUUUGUAAAUCAAACCAUUAAGAACACAGUUUAACCUUUUAAGCUUUUAUUUUUUCUAAUGUGUUGGCUUAAGUUGAAAUUAAGUACUGAACAGAAACUUUUUGAGGAAGGUAGCUCUAAAAAUACAUGAGAUAUUUAUUGCACUUUUUGAUUGAAUAGUUUUCAGAUGGUCUUUGUUUUUAGAAACUGUGAAUUGUAGGUGAGGUGUGGUAUGUUGGUCAACAGUGUACACAUUUCACCCGCAUCAGAACUGUUUUGUAGGAAAAAAAAAAGAAAAAAAAUUAUAAAUUGU